AUGUCGCCGGGCGGACUCAGGAAGCCACUUUUGGCUCUCAAUCGCAUUAUCGGGCACACAUCGGCUAAGAACCACAUCACUAAAAUCCAUAUCGGCAACAUUGCCGCCCUCGACGACGACCACAAGCAUGAGAGACAGCUGAAGAAGGCGCAAGAGGAGCGCAUCAAGGAGGAUGAACGCGAACAACAGAGGCGAUCGUUCCAACAGCGGCGACAGGAGGAGGAAGAGAAGGCGCGCCAGCAAGACCCGCCCGAGAUUGCCGCACGCUACGGCACCAGGACGGGCGACGUGCUCGCCAAGACAGAGUCGAUACAGAAGGUGGCCGCAGAUCCCAGCAAUGCCGGCAUGCAGGUCAGCUUCAUCGCCCGCAUCCACCAUGUGCGGCCGCUGAGCUCCAAGCUGGCCUUCGUCAUUUUCCGCGACCAGAUCGAGCUAGUGCAGGGCGUGCUAUCCUACCGCGAAGGCGAGAUCUCGGAGAACUUUGUGCGGUGGGCCGAGCAUCUGAACAGCGAAUCGUUUGUUCAUGUUCAGGGGAAGUUACAGACGCCGCCGGAGCCGGUCAAGGGCUGCUCCAUCCACGAGCUGGAAGUGGUGAUCGACUCGAUGCAUGUCGUAGUGCCUGUGAAGGAACACCUGCCCGUCGACCCGUUCGGCAUCGAUCGUGUCGAACAGGACGAGAACACGCACCAGCUCGAGGCGCUGGCAUCAACCAGGGUCCGGGUUUCGAACCGGCUCGCUUACCUGCGGACACCCACUGCGCAAUCGAUCUUCCGCAUCAACUCGGCCAUCUGCAGCAUAUUCCGCUCCGUGCUCGAGAGCCACAACUUCAUGGAGAUCCACACCCCCAAGCUCAUGCCCGGGGCAACCGAGUCGGGGGCUGAAGUCUUCCGAGUUAACUACUUCGGACGCACUGCCUUCCUUGCCCAAAGCCCGCAGCUGAGCAAGCAGUUGAGCAUCUCGGCUGACUUCGGUCGCGUGUUCGAAGUCGGUCCGGUCUUCCGUGCCGAGGACAGCAACACCCACCGUCACUUGACCGAGUACACUGGGUUGGAUAUCGAGAUGUCCAUCAACAGUGAUUAUCACGAGGCAAUGCACGUCAUCGACGAGUUGAUGAAGAGCAUAUUUAAGGGCGUGUACAGCCGCUGCCGGAGAGAGAUCGACAUUGUCAAGUCACGCUUCCCCCACGAAGACCUCGUCUGGCUGGACCAGACACCGAUCCUGACAUUCAGGGAGGCAGUUGAUCUGCUGAAUUCGUCGGGCUGGACCGAUGACCACGGCCGCAAGGCGUCUGAGCUUGAGGAUUUGAGCACACGCGCCGAGAUCCGGAUCGGCGAGUUGGUUAAGGAGAAGUACGGCACCGACUACUACAUCAUUGACAAGUUCCCCGCGUCCGCGCGGCCGUUCUAUACCUACCUCGACCCCAAAGACCAGAGGUUUACCAACUCGUUCGACAUCUUCCUCCGCGGCCAGGAGAUCACAACGGGCGGUCAGCGUAUUCACAGGCCAGAGCUACUGCUCGAGCGGAUGAAGAAGGCCGGCGUCGAGCCCAGCGGCGUGGAGGAGUAUCUGCAAGGGUUCGAGUUCGGUGUUCUGCCUCACGCAGGGUGCGGCAUCGGCCUCGAGCGCCUGGUGUUCCUCCUGCUGAACUUGGGCGACAUUCGGAACGCCUCCCUGUUCCCCCGCGAUCCCAAGUCCCUGCCGGAGCACAAGCAAGCUGCCGUGAGGCUCCCCCAUCCAGAGGCCGACACCAUCCGGUACGCCUACGACUUCCAACAAGGCUACAACCCCGAGCUGCCGCCGGUCGAGAAGCUCAUCGCCAACUACGGCGACGCCACCAACACCUCGUGGCUCGACGACCGCUACAAGGUCUGGCGACACGAGGAAACCGGGGCGGCGGUCGGGUACGCCGAGGAGAACGGCUACGCGCUGGUGAUGGGCAACCCGCUGUGCGACUCACGCCAGUACCAGCCCGUGAUCCGCGCCUUCCUGAAGAGCAUGCGCAAGCAAAAGGACCUGCGCCCACUCUGGCUGCUCGUCGGCCCGGAGGUCGAGGAUAUCCUGGGUUCCAAGCUGGGUUGGCGCACGCUCAGCUGCGUCGCCGAGGAGCGCGUGCCGAUCGAGUCGGCCAAGAAGGUGGCCAAGAAGGAGCGGCAGGCCGAGGACGCGGGCGUGACCAUCCACGAGCUGCCGGCCGACCAGCUGCCCUCGCAGGAAUUUCGCGAGCGCGUCGACAAGAAGGUCGAGGCGUGGAAGGCCAACCGCAAGGGCAGCAAGCAGGUGCACAUCACGGAUGUGCGCCCCUGGGUGGACAUGGAGCACCGCCGGUACUUGUGGGCCGAGACCAAGGAGGGCGAGGUCGCGGCGAUUUGCAUCUUGCACCGCCUCUCGCCGGCGAACGGCUACCAGAUCAAGUUUGCGCUCGAUUUUCCCGGUUCGCCCAACGGUACCAUCGAGGCCCUGAUCUCGGCCGCCAUCCAGAGCCUAGCCAAGGCCGGCGUGCAGAAUGUUACCUUUGGUGCCGGCGCCCUGCCGGAGAUGGUUACGGGUGGUAACUUGGAUGGCAUCAGGGCUCGUAUUCUGAGCAAGACGUACAAGACGAUUGCGCAGCAGCUCAAAUUGAUCAACAAGAGCGAGUUCCGGGAGAAGUUUGGCACGCGCAAUGACUUGGUUUAUAUUUGCUAUCCGUUUAUGGGUCUCGGCGUCUCCGGCGCAAGGACGCUCAUCAAGUUCUUUGAAGAUGAGAUGUAG